CGGUUACGCUCGGCGUCAGACGAACCCUUUUUGUCCCUCGGUACGCCCCGUAGAAACAGGAAGUAGUUGACAGCGUGUAGCAAAACAAAAAAUAUACAUAUCAAGCAAAAAAAAAUCAAUGUAAUUAUCGCUGCUCGACAUGGAGGGUCCAAGCUCAAAGUCACUGAAUAACGACUCACGCUGCGUAUUUUUUAACACAGUUUCAGACGACUAUCGAUGUGUGGUGAUUUUAACAGUAAAGCGAGCAACAGGCACCUUCUCCUUAGUAGGAUGCUUUUUCAUGCUGUUUGUGAUCUGGUUGCUGCGCAGGUAUCACUCUUUGGCUCAGAAGAUGAUUCUCAGCCUGACAGUCGCAGCCUUCUUUGACAGCAUAGCAUAUGUCAUGGGUGAAUCCCACCCAGAGAAAUCCCUGUGUGACUUCCAGGCCUGGUGGUUGACUUACUUUGACUGGAGUGCCUUAGCCUGGGUCUGCCUCAUCACGUUGAACUUGUACCUCAACCUGGUCCGGGAGACGAGCACCAGCCGAUACGAGACGUGGUACCAUCUGACGGCGUGGGGGGUGCCGCUCCUCAUGGCCUCGCUGCCUCUGCUCAAGGGCUACUACGGGCCGGCCGGCGCCUGGUGCUGGAUCACAGACGAUCACGUAGCCUGGAGAUUUGGGAUAUGGUACGUGCCUCUAUUCAGCCUCAUCUUCCUUAUGAUCUGCUGCUAUGCCAGGAUCAUCUGUGUGGCCAACGCGAGGAUGCAGUCGUGGCUGGGAACCUUCAACCCAGAGAGAGAGCGGCGAAAGAUUUCCUUGGCGGAGGAGAUCAAGCCGCUGAAGUGGUACCCCUCCGUUUACCUGCUGGUGUCCCUCUUUCCUCUCAUCAACAGGCUCCACAACGCCUUCUACCCACAGGAUCCGUCCUUCUCGCUCACCCUGUUGCACGUCCUGUCGGCCCCGCUCCACGGCUUGGCCAACGCCUUCGUCUUCGGCCUGGAUAAGGACAUGUGGAGCCUGCUGAGCCCCACCGGCAUACAGCUGGCCCUGCAGUCGCGGCUGUGUGACAGGACUCGGAUCGGAGAGUACCACCCCGGGGCGGUGCGCUACACGCAAGCUGACCUGGUUGACCUCAGCGAUGACGACGAUGACACCAACGUGCUCUUCUACUCCCCCGACAUGACCCUGAAAGACCGAGGGCCCUGAGAGAGAGGGAGAGACAAGCAGCCAGAGAGAGAGAGAGAGAGAGAGAGAGAAAGAGCUGGAGGCAAGGAGCACGGAGGAGGGUCACAACCAAAGAGAAAAUCAGCGGAUUAGAAACUGAGAGGGAGGAAAAAGGGAUGGGGAGGGAAUGGAAGGGGAGAUUGGGGGGACAGUCAGGCAGAUAGAAGCCGGAGAUGAGCUGUCAAGUUCCAUUAUUAAUCCCCAUCCUUUACUAUUUAAUAUCCUAAAGACACACGCACACACACUCACGCACACGCGCAUACAGAGCAGAACUGCAGCUCCCUGCAAUAUACUGCUAUCCUGCCUGCCAGAGAAGAGCGAGUAAGCAGCGAGGCCGCUCUAAAGAUCCCUCCUAAUGUUAAAGGCAUUCGCUGCAUCCCAAAGGUCUUAAAACACUUUUUUUUUUCCCCCUCCCCACCUCCUUCCUGACUCCUUCCUUCUCUAACAGCAGCGGCACGCCGCAGAAAGCUAAGGGAGAGCAAGGUUUGCUGAAAGGCAAUCAUAACAAGGUGUUGGUUUAGCUUCUGCUGCUGUUACCUUUUUUCACGUCUCUGCAGGAGAGAGGAUCAGGGGUGAGGUGUAGGCCUUUUAAAAGGCAACCUCCGUGUCAGAUUUGAGCUUUCUGCAUUUAUGUAUCUCGACGCUGAGAUUGGUCCCAGCGCUGAGCAAUUUAUGGAGCACGGGGGUAAAACGGAAAUACAUGAGGACGUUUAAAAGGAAAAAAAAAAAAAAAGAUUACUCAGUUCCCAGGGCAAAUAAGUCCCAAAGCUCUUGUGUUGUUUGCAAGGAAUCUCAUCAUUCUGAGACAGUAUUUUUCUUUCUUUGCAUAUGGUAUUACGUUUUUUUGCUACUCUCGUACAAGUAUUUCCUCGAAGGACUGUUUUGUAUUUUUAUGGAAUUCAACAGUUCACUGAAAGAAUUGUUCCUUGUUUGUUAUAUUGUAUUUAUAACAGAGCAUUGUACUGUAUAUAUUUAUGUGUACACUCUAUUUUUAUAUGUGCCUUUGACUGGAAUGUGAAGAAAAUUGAUGCUUCUCUUUGGUCCAGAACUUGCUGCUCAUAGCCUCAUGAACGAACUGGAAGAACCUAAUUAGUUUCACACACACAUACACACACUCACUCACACACACUCUUUUUCCGGUGUCUGUCAAAAAAGCUUUAAAAAAUGUGUCCAUAUCCACAGCUGCACCAGCCUUUUGAUGGCUCAUCGUCCCGUGGCCGUGGACUCAGUGGUGGAGAGAGGACAUAACAGAGUUUUGAUUGGCAGGAUAAUAGAGUCACUUUAUAUUCACACACAGCCCAUUUGGUUUUUCUAUAUCUGUGUGGCUUCAUCACUAUCGGAGCACGCUGCCUGUUGUCAGCUGUCUCUCUGACGAGUUGGACUAAUGAACCGACUCUUGACCUUUUUUUACCCUUGAGUUGUUGAACUUUUCUGCUAGGCGUCAGUGACAAGAGAGUGCGGCUUAGCUCGCAGAGUCCCACCACUGUACCACACACACACACACACACACACACACACACACACACUGGCACCUUGCACUCCACCCACCCACCUCACCCCCUCUUUUUGGCACUAUUGCUGGUUUUAGUUGGCUGUGCACUCCAUCAAAUAAAUGAGCAGGAGAGACAUUUCAUAACAAA